AUGGUCAAUACAACGACAGAUACUAUUGUGCGGCAACAUCCGGAGUUACAUCAGCAAAAGUUUGAGCAUAAUAAUGAAGAGAUUGAGAGACCAGGGGGGUAUGAUGUUGCUCAUCAUGGUGUACUUCGGUUGUUUAUGCAGGUGUUUGCGAUUGGUGAAUAUAUGAAGGAUGUUCCAUUACUAAUUGGUACAAACCUUAUUAGAGCCAGUCGAGAUGAGGUGAGAGCUAAUACAUACACAUUGGUAAGACAGAUUUUGGUGGAAGGAAUGGCAGAGGUGAUGCUCCAUAAUACAAAUAUCCAGAAAGGAGAGUUUGUGCAUAUUGUUAUUGAAGCUCGAGACAAAAACAAUCGUAAAAGAAACAGAGGAGGUGAUUUUUUCAUGGCAGUCAUGCAAAACACGAAACUGGGAAAAAGCACAGCAGGUCGUGUUAUUGAUUAUGCAAACGGUACAUACUCUGUGUUUUUCUAUGCAGCCUGGGCUGGAAAUGGGAGUGUUAGAGUUCAACUCGCUUUCACUAGAGAGAUUAUUAAUUUCAUUAGACAAGUGGUAAAGACAAAAGAAAAAUUACAAGGAAUUGCUGGAAAUUUUACAGAUGGAGUUACAAUCGAGUCAAGUAAUUGUUCAAUGAUAAGUGAAGGAUUGUGGUCUGAUAAGUGUGAAUAUAUGAAUGCAAAUUCCAUGGGUAAGACAGUGCUUGUCUGUGAUAGACCCAGUACAUUGAAAUGUUCUCAGUUGAAUGUCAUUAGUAGGAGUGUCAAAAAAAUGAACAAAAUCACAGCAGAUCAGAUGCAAGGUGUUGCUGAUUUAUUUGAAAAGACAUCGUACAUGUCAAGGUUGCAGGCAACACCAUUGUCAGUAACAAUACAAGAUGGUGCAGUAACUGCUCAACCGCUGGAAUCAUGUGGUUCAGAUAUACCAGUGCCACUAUCUGACGGAUAUUGGGAAACUCGUGAAUUAUUUAUUCCACUUGUAUGUCGCAGUAAACAGUGGUCAAAAGAAGAAGUCCACAGGUGUUUAUCUGACAAGACUAUAAUAGCGAGUGGAGACUCUACAGUGAAGCAAAUUGGCAAAAUCCUGAUUGCUCAGUAUGAAUAUCAUGGGUUUCUUGAACGGUUUCAUUUCAUGGCACCUAGAGCUGGGAGAGACGAGGAAACUGUGCCAGAAUUUGUAUUUGAAAGUGACCUGAUUGACAGUAUCACAUACAAUGAAUGUCAGUCUAAGGUUUCCUUUGUGAUGUUGAACUUUUGUUUCCACUACGGCAUGUGGUCAACUCAGUCCUACAUAGAACGUCUAUUUCGUGCCAAGUUGGCUGUGGAAAGAUUUAUAAAACGAUGUCCAAAUUCUAAAGUAAUGAUUAAACUAUCACACCCACGGGAACAUGUAUUUAGAGAGCAAUCUGUCCACAGUAGUAAUUGGGUAUUUUAUGAUCAGAACAGAAUUAUUAGAUACGUAUUCGCCGGAAUUGGUGUACUGUUUCUUGAUAUAUGGGAUAUGGUAUCUUCUUCGCUUGAAAAAAAUAUGCUCCACAUGUCCAGUAAUGUGAUACAACAAGAAAUAAAUCUCAUGUUGUCGUAUAUUUGUCAUGAAAUGGUUGGCAAGUAG